GCUGCCAUUGGAGCUGAUGGGGUUUGGAGUGGAUGAUGAAGAGGAGGGUGCCGCCGAGGAGGAAGAGCUGAGGAGGUUCAGAGAGCUCAAACUCCAGAUGAGUUUAAUGGAGAAGGCUGAACUGGAGAGAGCAGCCAAACCACCCAAACCACACACCCUGCCUGCUCUGAGGAAGAAGGCGACCCGGGCUGGAGUGACUCCACUGCAGCUGGACGCUCCUGUGAGGACCAGGUCUGAGGAGAGGAGGCAGGCUGCACUCAGGGAGCUGAGGGAGAAGGAGGCCAUGCUGGAGCAGAGGAGGAAGAGCCAAGAAGCUCUACGCAAGUGGUGGACACAAGCCAAGACCCCACAGCAGGGAGGACACAGGCAGAAGAAGGCAGGACGCCGGAGACAGAAAGAGGAAGGAGAACCAGAUACAAGGCCCGGAGCAGAGAACAGUGAUUUAGAUCAACACCAGGCUUACGCCACCAUCGAGUAUGAGGAGAGCAGGGCCGUCCAAAAUCUGCAGCAGAAAAUUUAUGCCAUUGUGCAGAGAAUGGAGGAGCGACGCAGGGAUCCAACAGCGCUUAAUGCAGAUCUGAUCUGGGAAGCAGAGUUGGAUAUCAAAAAGAUGAGGAGUUUACAGGCUGAACUUUUCGACAUAAAACGCAGAAGAGUGUUUGGACUUUACUCAGCACAUGCCAGACAAAAAGAUACAUGAGAGAAAAGGAGAUAGGUGCUUGUUUAUGUCAUUAAAACCGAAUGAAAACAGAUUGUCUUACCCAAAUUGUGAUUCAUUUUGUGAUUAUUAACUCAUUAAGCUACAAAAUCCCCAGUACACUUUGCUAGGUGCUGGAAAUUAAUGACAACAUACUAGAUAGCACCUCAUAAUGUCUAAAGAAAACAAAAGCUAUUUUAUUUUUCAAAACAUGUUGUAUAAUUAGGGUUCUGUUGGUUGCAGUGGCACAGAAUCACACAUAAUUACUGGUU